CAAAAAGGUAACGAAUUUAUGUAGACAUAUUUCUUCCGUAUGACAGAGUAGUCAAGAUCCCUCACUUCACAUAUUGGAUGGCAAUGUUUGUCGGAUUAUUUCUUAAUAUUUAUCUUGUAUUCAUGUUUCAUUUUACUACAGUAUCAGAUUCAAGAAGUGUAGGAAAAAUUUACAGGAAAUGUCGAGCUUCUUGGUCGAAAUGGAUGGUCAGUAAGACAAGUCUUCACUGGAAUAUUAGUGAUAUUAAUUUAAAUGUAACGGGACGUAAAUGUGUAUGGACUAGAACCUCGUGUACUCGGAAUCGACAAUGUCCCUGUGAAACAUACUAUUCAAAAGAAUUGCUGGAUGUCCAAUUACCUCGAAAAAGAAGUCAUGUAUGUGUUCAAACAAAGAGCUGUAGUGUUCUCAUUUGUUCAUCAAUUGUUUAUUUCGGAAGUAAUAUAGAUUCAAACAACUUGGUUAUAAAAACAUACAAAGUUGAAAAUAGAACCGAUGAGAGUCAGAACUUAAUAGGAAUAGUUUAUGUUCCACUUGAUCAUAGUACAUGGAAAUCUUAUGAAGAAGACAACACUCAGGUGAAAGGAGUAAGUGAAGAAGUUAAAAGCGACUCGUAUGUUUAUCUUGAUGUUUUACAAACACCUAUAAGUUCUGUACGAGGUAAAAUUUACUCACCUCUAAGUGAUAAUAAUAAUUAUGACUAUAGAACUGGACACUUGCUUAUUUUCAUAGGAUCCUUGUUAUUUUCGCUUCUGUGUUUAUUAUUUUUUAUCUCUUAUUUUGUUAAAACGUGUUACACAACAAGCUGUACUAACAUUUGGAGUAUGAAGUAUCAUUCCACAAAAACAAACAUUCUUAUUGGUGAAAAUCAAGCGGAAUCUGAUUGAUAUAUUUUUUUGACGUUUUCUCGUCAAUUUAUCCUCAUGGAUUUUUAUCAAUAAGACUUUUAUCCAUUUUU